AUGUUGAACGAAGAAGUCGAUGAUACGGAGUUCUUCCAGCAAGACUUCACGACAGCCUCCGACUGGGAGCUGUUCAAUGCACGGCUGGAAGAAAUAUUUCACGAGUGGAAACUUUCGUUCGGUCAAAGCACCUUCCGGAAGCUGAGCCACCAUGAACUGGCUUGUUGCAGUUGGAGUGUGGCGCGUGAAACGAUCAAGUUUGCGGAUGUUGAACUGCAGGUUGUACAUUACCGGGCAGUGCUUGAUCCAGAACCGGAAGGCGCGGAGUCAACGGAACCCGUUACUGGAUGUCAAACGUUCGUGGAUUUAAUGUCGAUCGAGAAUGAUUACUGUGUUGCAUACGGGCAACGAUCAGAUGUUGAAGAUGAUCAGAAGCUGCAUCCACUUGCGCAAUGGUACGGAUUGCGUGAGUUCGUGAUCGUAACGCCGGUGAAAAAAUCGAUCUCGAACGAAAGUCAAAUCCGUAUCCUGAUGAGCUCGGUGCAUAUUGCGGUCGCUGAAAGUAGUUGCGAUGUGCCGGUGUUUGUGCAGGCCAUGGACAAGGUACAGCACGUGUAUCUGGGCGUGUGUGAAUCCGGUCCCGUGCGGAUGUCAUUCGAUAUCGUGCAUUUGCACCUGACGCCACCGACCUGCAAAUAUCUGUCCGGGUUGCUGGAGGUGUUUAAAGGAAAGAUUGGUGUGGCUUACGUUGAUCCCGUUGUCGUGUCGGUUCGGUUCUCCUAUCAGUUGGCGCGUUUUUUGUCCGGUGCGUAUACUAGUGAUAGGAGCAUUCCUUUCACGGAGCACUGGCCAAACAGUGUCGUGUCACUACCGUUCGGUGUAUCCAUCGAUCCAGUAUCUGAGUUGACUGUGCACUGCACCUGGCCACAGGUAGCGGACAACGUGGUCGUCGAUUCGCAAACUUACUCCGACUUUGAUCCAUUGACGGCACCUCUGUGGAGCCUUCGUGCACAGUUCGAGGACACGCCCGUCUGCUAUCUGGCCGACUGUCUGCAGGAAUAUCUGCAAAUCUCGGACUCGCGCCGUGCCCUAACCGAAUACUUCGGCAAACUUGCCUUCGGUGGCAAUCCGAUCGAUUUGCUUACGGCCGAGGGUGACAAUCCACUCGAUUUGCUUACUGAAUCGAAAAUUCCACGACUUUCUGCCGUUUUGCCGGGGCGAAUUGGGGCCCCGAAGAAUGCACCGGCCAAGCUUGAGGGUCCGCUGAACGAUGAACAGUUGAAGGAUAUGCUGUACUAUCUGUUCCCGGACGCUCAGAAGGAACCACGCUGGCCGUACGCACCGUCCGUAACCGGACCGGCCGAGUUCGAUCCGAUGCGCAUUAAAUCGGCAAAUCCAGAUUCGUUGGUGCAUCGGUUGGCGACACUGCUUGCACUGUGCAAUGUUUGCUUCGGAGGAAAACGAGCGGUAGCACAGCUGUGGGCCGAAUUUGCACAGGAAAUGCGGUAUCGUGUGGAGCGCUGUAUUCAAAUUCCAGGGUAA